GCACAUCAUCUCCAGCCUAUCAAAGCCUCUCACCUUCAGGGCGUGGGGAACUUGAAGACAUUUAAAUAGACCGGGUUGACCGUGAACCGCCAUUCAGCCUUUUUUGUUUCAAGACUGAACAAAAGAAAAAAUAACCACGAGCCACCAUGGUUGUCUGGACUGAUGACGAGCGCAGCAUCAUCACAAGCAUCUUCUCCAGCUUGGACUAUGAUGACGUUGGCCCCAAGGCUCUCUGCAGGUGUCUGAUCGUGUACCCCUGGACUCAGAGGUAUUUCGGCGGCUUCGGUAACCUCUACAACGCUGAAGCCAUCAAGACCAACCCCAACAUCGCAGCCCAUGGCGUAAAGGUGCUGCACGGUCUGGACCGCGCAGUGAAGAACAUGGACGACAUCAAGGCCACUUAUGCCGAGCUGAGCGUCCUUCACUCCGAGAAGCUGCACGUCGACCCCGACAACUUCAAGCUGUUGGCUGACUGCCUGACCAUCGUCAUUGCCGCUAAAAUGGGCGCUGCCUUCAACCCACAGACUCAGGCAACCUUUCAGAAGUUCCUGGCCGUGGUGGUGUCUGCUCUGGGAAGGCAGUACCACUAAACCCAGCACCCUCUGCAGCUGGAAAAGGAGCUGAAACAUCCUUUCGCAUGUGCUAUGUGUUGUUUCUUCUCUAAAGAAAUAAAGGUCCACUAAAGCAAUGCCCUAUUUG